AUGGCCGACUCCGUGCAUGAUAGACUGUCAAUUAAAAUAUCCGAUACCGGGGCAAACAGCACCCAGCCAUCCGAUACAGAAGGAGAGAAAGAAGCCAGUUCAACUCCGCCAGGCCCUUCGGUCCCUCCUCCGCCCAAUGGCGGACUCAAAGCAUGGCUGCAAGUGGCAGGAAGCUUCUUGCUUGUUCUGAAUACCUGGGGACUUGCGAACUCAUUUGGCAUCUUCCAAACCUACUAUACAACAACACUCCUACCCGAAUCUACCCCCUCCGCCAUCUCAUGGAUUGGUUCCAUUCAGGGCUUUUUGCUGCUUUUUGUUGGGGUUCUAUGUGGCCGUGCAUUCGAUGCUGGGUACUUCUUCCCAGUGCUGUCGCUGGGUAUCUUCCUUGAGGUAUUUGGGAUGAUGAUGACCUCCUUGAGCACUAAGUACUAUCAAAUUUUCCUCGCUCAAGGCAUUUGCGUUGGUCUUGGAUCUGGAUGCCUGUUUACGCCCGCCAUAUCACUUGUAGGAACUUACUUUUCGACUAGACGCAGUCUUGCAACUGGAAUUGCUGCCAGCGGGAGCAGCGUGGGCGGGAUCUUUUAUCCUAUCGUUCUUCGCCGGCUAAUUGUGCAAGUCGGAUUCCCUUGGGCUGUUCGGGCCAUGGCGUUUAUCAUGCUGGGUACUCUGGGAAUCGGACUUGCCUUGCUCAAACCACGAUUGCCACCUCGCCGAUCAGGCCCUUUGGUAGACUUUGCAGCCUUCAAGGAUCCCGCCUACGCGAGUUUUGUCGUCGGUUUGGCCCUGGGCUUCACCGCAUUUUUCAUCCCAUUUUUCUACGCCGAAAGCUAUGCCCUCAACAUCGGCGUCGACUCGGAGCUCUCAUUCUACAUCCUGAGCAUCAUGAAUGCUGGAGGCAUGAUCGGACGAAUGGUGCCUAAUGCCAUCGCAGACAAAAUUGGUAAUUUGAACGCCAUCGUACCCUGUGGCUACAUAUCUGGGAUCAUCGUGCUGGCCUGGGUCUCAGCAAAAAGCCAAGCGAAUUUCAUUACCACUUCUUUCCUGUAUUCUUUCUUUUCGGGAGGAUUGAUGGCGCUGCCACCAGCUGUUCUUGUUGGUUUAACGCCAGACCUUAGCCAGAUCGGCGUGCGAGUUGGCAUGGCUCUUAGUGUUGGAUCGUUAGGUGUGUUGAUAGGGUCUCCCAUUGCUGGUGCCAUUCUAUCCAGCCAGAGUCACCCACAAGAAGGGUUGAACUUUUCGGGAACUCUCAUCUUCACAGGAGUUGUACUACUUGCGACCGGUGGGGUUAUGAAUGUCACUCGCUUCUUUAAGCAUGGAUUUCGGUGGGGCAAGGCCUGA